AUGACAUCGACAGAACAGGAGGAGCGAUUGACGUCUCCGGGGCAGGAUUAUAAGGAAGUGGAAUUCAUAGACCCGCGGGUACAGUUUGAACUGGAACGUUUGAACACUGCAACAGACUUAAUAAAUAAGUUGGAAAUUGAGCUUGACGAAGCCCGAUCCAACUUUCGCCUGCUUCUUACAGAAUCAUCCCAGAAGAUUAAUCAGCUAGCCAAGAAAUUGGGCAGUCAUGUUGACAAGGCCCGACCGUAUUACGACGCACGCAUGCGAGUUAAAGAGCUGCAGGGAAGCGUGGAGAAGUCAGCCCAGCACUACGAAAGGGCCAGCCUUGCCCACUGCGCAGCCAGAGACAUGGUGGCCAUGGCUGAGGAUGGGCUGCGGCGGCGUUCCUGUGAUCCUGUCUUCCAGGACAUGCUGAAUAGGGCCACUCUUAGGGUGAAUGAGGCAGAACGUGAACGCGUCCUGAGUCGAACGGAGCACCAGCGUCUGUCUCGAGAUUGUUCCGAGGAGGAACAGCGUGUGGCCGACAUGCAGGCAGCCCUGCGCAAGUCCAUUGCCAAAGCAAGUUUAUCGGCGCGCAGAAGCAUGCUUCAGAUUAAUGCUAUAGCCAAUCAGCACGAACUUCAGUUGCUGCCAUACUUUGAACUGAAAUCACGAUUGAAUGAAGCGCUAGAGGAACAGAAAAAGCGGGUAUUUCAAAUUGAAGAGGACGUGAUGAGAGUGAAGUUCUCUUACGCCGAAGCCUUACACAACCUCGAGGAAAUCAGCGACGAAAUGCAUAACAGCAGGCAAGUGGUGCAAACCCCGCAGGGAGAUGUCCCCACACGUCUAGUCAAGUCAUCCAGUUUAUCCAGUUCAGAGAUGCUUAAGAUCUACGAAGACAUCUGUCACGACGACACCUACAUGAAGCUUCCUGCGGAACUGGCUUCUUCCACGUGGAAACUCAGACGAGCAUUUUCAGAGGACAACCAUUCAUCAUCAUGUGCUCAGAGCCAUGCGGAGCCAUUUCGCAGCCGUGUGUCUUCCUUGGUUGGUCGAGUUUUCCGGCAGCAGAGCACACCGGUGGGGUCGCACGGAGAAGGAAACCCCCGUGAGCGUGUGCCCGCUCUCAAGGUCCUGGUGGCGAACGUCGUAGACGGCAUGUUUCCAGAGAAGCCAGUCAGUGAGUCCACAACAGUGAGUCCAGGCAACUGCUUAUCAAGCAGAAAAAAAGACCUGGAUAUCCCCAUACCUUUGGCGGUGCCAGAAGAUCUCUCGCCCAUGCUGACCCCAGACAUAGAUAGGCUGGUACAAUCCGCGAGGGAGCUCUACCUGGACCAAGCGUCCAGUGUCCUACGCACUGUUGAAGAAUGCUCGGAUUCCGAGAGCUUGGUGAGCACGACGGGGACUCUGGACGACCAUCAAAUUGAUUGCUUGCUACUGGACAGGGUGCUUGAACUGGACUACCAAGACGUGCUGAAUUCUUGUAGAGACCCGAGCUCGUAA